GCAUGCAGUUGCCUUUGGCUUUGCUCGUAGUUACGCGUGGCGGUGAGGCGACGUUCGCGAUCAGAUCCAGUAAAGUAGUACGCGCGAGGUACAUGCCCCAACCCUAGAACGCCCCAGGAUAUUGAACAGACAAAGUACAGCUGAAGCACUAGAGUUUAGGUUACUACUCAGGGCAUACCAGAUAUCGAUGUUGUUGGCAUAGCCUUGCACUGUACCAUAAAGAAACAACAACGUAUCUCGCCCUGCAUAUCUCGCAACACCUGAACGACGACCAUAACUUAUCACACAAAUUAAAUGGCGAACCCGUCGACGGCGUUAGGCUCGCGUGCGGGCCAGCGCCUGCCAUCCUGCUCAGCCCGAAAUGUUUUCAGCGCUCGUAAACCUCAGCGGGCCGUCAGCGUUGUCACUCGGGCUCAAAUGAUGACCUCGGCUCCUGACAGGGAGAAGCCAGAGUGGACGGGCGACAGCGUGCUGUCCAGGGUGGUCAACUGGGCCAUCGGCAACCCGGCGCUGUACGGCGUUAUGAAGGUCUUUGCGAAGAAGGCAAUGAAGAGCUCCGCUGAGAGUCGCGGCAUCCUGUGGGAUGCUCACGUUGCGGACAUGCAGAAGCGCAAGGAGCUUGAGGCCAUCAAGUCCGAGCUGGAGGACCCCACCCUGCAGCCCUACCCGCCCUACUACAUGGUGCCCUUCCACGCCUACCGCACCGGCAACCUGGAGUGGCUGGCCGCCUUCGAGGUGCAGCCCGCCACAUAUGCCAUGGGCAUCCGCACGUUCAAGGCGAACCCCGAGUGGAGCGCUGAGAAGUGUUUUGUGGAGAUGCGCUCCCGCAUGACGGAUGCAAUUAAGGCCUACGUCGCCCGCCACGGCCUGCGCUCCCCCUCCCUCAUCGCCGACAUGGGCUGCUCCACCGGCAUCUCCACCCGCUGGUUCGCGCAGCAGUUCCCGGACGCGCAGCAGAUCACGGGACUGGACCUGUCCACCUACUUCCUGUCGGUGGCCGAGUGGGAGCGGAGGCGGGCGGAGCAGGGGCAGCAGCCGCCGGCGCAGUCGCUCCCGCCCGUGCGCCCCGGCCAGCGCUCCGCCCCCAUCAAGUACGUGCACGGCAUGUGCGAGCGCAGCCCCUUCGCGGACGGCUCGCAGGACAUGGUGGUGUUCAACUUCGUGACGCACGAGUGCCCGCAGGCUGCCAUCGACGACUUCAUCGCGGAGAGCAUGCGGGUGCUGCGGCCGGGCGGUGUGCUCACAUUCAUCGACAACAACCCCAGGUCCAAGACCAUUCAGAACCUGCCGCCCUACCUGUUCACCCUCAUGAAGUCCACCGAACCCUGGUCGGAUGAGUACUACAGCUACGAUCUGGAGGCCGGCAUGCGUCGUGCUGGGUUCAAGGAGGUGGUCACGGAGGAGACGGACCACCGCCACCGCACUGUGAUGGGGUACAAGCCGCUGUGAGUGCUGGGCAGAGAGGUGCAGCACCGGCAGCAGCAGUAACUGUAACAGCAGCAGCGGCAGCGGCGGCGGCUACAAUAGCGGCAGUAGCAGCUGUUCGGACCCGGCAGCGUCCUUGGGCGCCCAUCCCAGCGUUUGGGUACACGACAAACCGGGGACAAGCAGGGCUAUGAUAGCAGCAGCCGGGCAGCUAGGUAAGCAGUCUUCAUCAGAAGCCGGAGCAGGGCGGCGGCAGCAACAACACACGGUCAAGACAGAUGGCAGUGGAGUCCGCACUGUUCUUGCAUGUGACUAGAGGUGCAGAGUGGGUCGCGGUGCGGUGCGGGAGAGGAGCGGGGCUGUUGGGUUGACGGUACUGUGAUCCUGGGGGCUGUUUUGGUUAGCUGAGGGUUUCCACGAGCGGGUUUGUAUGCCGUGAGCUGGUGGUUGUGGAAGGGGUUCGACAACAGCAGCAAAAGCUCCAUUAGCUGGGGUACUAGCAGUCAGUGGAUGCUGGGCACUGAUGAGGACCGGCGACCCUUGGGUGUUUGUCUGCAAAGUGUGCCAUUCUUUCCUCGCAUGGGUUUAAGGGACAUAUGGGAGGGAUCGAGGGAUCACAUGCAGAGUGCUUAUGCCGUACACAACCGCCAAGGGCGUCGUUACAAGCGGUCUUUCUGUGUGAUUUUGGUAGCGUAGGCGCGUGUGAGCAUGUUAGCCGUGCAGUAGUAGGAAAAUGCGGCUAAAGCGACGGCCCGGGCGACGUUGGGCAAGUCAGCGAAACGCCUGACCGGAGCCUUCCAAGCGUGUUGUAGGCGAUGGCCUCAGGGGAAAUACUUUAGCUUUGUGCACGUAAGCAUGCGCAUGCAACACAACCCCCGCGCGUUAGUAGGUGUUGCUCCGCCUCAUGUUGUGCAAAUAUGUGCGAGAGUACGACAAUGUGAUACAUUACAAGAGGGUACGAUACUAUUGAUAACGUUGUAAGAUACAAUUGUAACAUGCAU